AUGCUCGACUUUGAAUUAACAGUCUACAUCUUAGUAUGUUACUUUGUCUGUGUGAUUGGUGGAUUUAUUCCAUUCUUUAUUAAACUCUUACCUAACAGAAAACUUGCUGGUGAAAUUUUAGAUAUUUGUAGUGCAUCAGCUGGUGGAUUAUUCUUAUCUGGUGGAUUAAUGCAUAUGUUAGCUGAAGGUAAUGAUAUGAUUGACCAUUCAGGAUAUGACUUUAUGGGUCUUCCACUGGGAUUCUUUUGUUGUGGUUGUUCAUUCUUAUUUAUCUUUUUCUUUGAUAGAGUGGUAGUAACACAUGGAGGUCAUGCUUCAUUUGAAGAUGUUGAAAAGAUGUCAGGAGAAGAGAAUGACUCUCUUAUGGAAGAAUGGUCUCAUAGACAUAAACAUCCUGAAGAAGAAAAAGAAGAAGGAAAGGGAUGGUGUUCAAUUAUUACAUUAAUUUUUGCUUUAUCGUUACAUUCUUUCUUUGAAGGUCUUGGAUUAGGUGUUUCCACAAGUCCAACUGCUAUUUUUAUAGCAGUUGCAGGACACAAGUGGGCCGACUCAGGAUUCACUGUUAUUUUCUUGAUGUCAAAAAUUCAAUCGUUACCAAUUGUUGCGGUUAUUGUAUUAGUCUUUUCAACAUUUACCCCUAUUGGGUCAUUAUGCGGAGUGUUAAUUGUUGAAUUAUUAGGAGAAUCUCCUAUUUCUGAAUUGAUUCAAGGAAUUUUAAUUUGUUUAGCAGCAGGAACAUUCUUAUAUGUAGCUAUUUGUGAAAUUCUAACUGAACAAUUUGAAAAUGGAAAAUAUAAAUACAUUAAAUUUACAUUAGCUAUUAUUCUUUUCCUUGCUAUGUCAUUUGUUACUAUGUUAGAAGGAAAUUAA